UGGAUGAAACAGGAUGCUGAGCUGUUUGGUCUGUGCGCCUGAGGCUUGCGCUGGGGCAUCUCCUUGUGAAAACCGCACACGAUGAAAAUGCUUCCCGGCGUGGGGGUGUUUGGGACCGGGAGCACCGCUCGGGUGCUGGUUCCUCUGCUGCGGGCAGAAGGCUUCUCCAUCGAGGCCCUCUGGGGGAAGACCGAAGAGGAAGCCAAGCAGCUGGCUGAGGAAAUGAAUAUUUCCUUCUAUACCAGCCGGACCGAUGAUGUUCUGCUGCAUCAGGAUGUGGACCUGGUUUGCAUCAACAUCCCCCCACCGCUGACCCGACAAAUUGCCGUGAAAGCUCUAGGUAUCGGAAAGAACGUCAUCUGUGAAAAAGCCGCCACCUCGGUGGAUACCUUCAGGAUGGUGACGGCAGCCAGAUACUACCCCAAACUCAUGAGCAUCGUGGGCAACGUCCUGCGUUUCCUGCCCGCUUUCGUCAGAAUGAAGCGAUUGAUGGAAGAGAACUACGUGGGCGAUGUCCUGAUCUGUGACGUCCGAGUGUACUGGGGCAGCCUCCUCAGCCACAAGUACAACUGGAUCUGCGACGAGCUGAUGGGCGGGGGCGGCCUGCACACCAUGGGGACCUACAUCAUAGACCUCCUCACUCACCUGACCGGCCGAAAGGCAGAGAAGGUCCACGGCUUGCUGAAAACCUUUGUGAAGCAGAACUCCGCCAUCAACGGGAUUCGCCACGUCACCAGCGACGACUUCUGCUUCUUCCAGAUGCUGAUGGAGGGGGGCAUCUGUAGCACGGUGACCCUCAACUUCAACAUGCCCGGGUCGUUCGUCCACGAGGUCAUGAUUGUCGGGUCCGCGGGGCGCCUGGUCGCCCGUGGGACGGAUCUGUACGGCCAGAAGAACACUGCUCUCCAGGAGGAGCUCCUGUUUGCAGACUCUCUGGACAUCGAUGCGGGGCUUUCGGGGAAAGGAUUUAAAGACAUACCCACGCUGUACCUCAAAGGAAUGGUACACUUGGUGCAAGCGCUGCGUCAGUCGUUCCAGGACCAGGAGGAUCAGCGGACCUGGGAUCCCAAGCCAGUUUCCAUGGCCGCUUCUUUUGAAGAUGGCCUCUACAUGCAGAGUGUAGUGGACGCGAUUAAGAAAUCCAGCCGGUCUGGGGAGUGGGAAUCUGUGGAAAUCAUGACAGAGGAGCCAGAUGCCAAUCAAAACCUCUGUGAGGCGCUUCAGAGAAAUAACCUAUAA